AUGUCGUUUGACGAGGACGAAAAUGAGCCUCCAAGGAAACGAAUCAGAGCGAAGAACGAGACGGAAAAGAAUAUUAAAACGAAUGACAGACGUCUAUUCGCGCCGUUUAGAGCGCUUGGUUUCGUAACAAAUCAUGUCCCGUUUGCAAUGCAAGUGCGGAGCUACAAAGGAGCAUCUGGGCCUCCGAGAGUACAUAUAGUGAGCUGUGUUGGGACAUCUUGGCUGGAAUUCGAAGGUGAAAAGAUGAAGCUGCUUUUUGUUGGUCCUGAGAAUGAGCAACCCAUUACAUCCAUGACGAUGGAGGGAAAUCACAUCUGGAUCACCACAGGAUUUGAUAUAGUCUGUUAUGAAGCAGGCAGCGAGCUAUUCAGAAUCAAGAGUCCUUUGAAAUCUCAUCUAAAUUCGAUCCUGGUUCUGGGAUCACAAGUCAUGGCGCUCACUGCCGACGGCCGACAUCUACUUGUCUGGGACAGUUCCCGUCGGGAGUUGAUUACUACAAUCAUAUUUGAAGAAGGAUUUACGGCAACAAGCGUUAUACAUCCCGUGACACUCCUGAACAAGGUUCUAGUGUCCAGCAAGCAAGGAACGAUGCAACUCUGGAAUGUCAGAACAAACGCCUGUAUAUAUUCAUUCAAGGCGUCCACUCUACUCCCUGAUCGCACCAAAACAUCCGCGAUUACCUCUCUAGUCCAAUCUCACGUCGCCGACAUUGUGGGCAUAGGCUUUGCUUCCGGGGUGGUAUCGGUGCAUGAUAUUCGAGCAGAUGACCAAAUCAUGCACGUCAUGAUGGACGGAGGAGCCAUCAGCUCGAUAGCAUUCCGCACGGACGGACAUGAAGUCCUCGCAACUGCCAACACCACGGGCCAUAUCGCGCUGUGGGACUUGGCACAGAAAGGGAGGCUGAUUUAUAUCAUCAAAGGGGCGCAUGAUGGUAUAGUUACUGCCCUCCAAUGGGUACCGGGACAACCGCUAUUGAUUAGCUCUGGAACCGAUAAUAGCAUCAAGCAAUGGGUGUUUGACUCCCCAGAUUUGCCACCACGACUCCUCAAGUCGAGAGGAGGGCAUCAUUCUCCUCCGCAACUGAUUACUUACUACGGAAGCGAUGGAAAGCAGCUUUUAACAGCUGCUCAAGACAGAAGUCUCCGUUAUACAUCUGUCGUUCGAGACUCCAGAAGCUUCGAGCUAUCUCAAGGCUCACUAUCCAAAAAGGCCAAAUCUCUCGCCCUCCCAACAGAGUCUCUCAAGAUUCCUCCGGUCACAUGCCUGUCAUUCUCAACUGCACGAUCAAAAGACUGGGACGACGUGCUCACGGGACACGUGGACGAGAGUUUUGCAAGGACAUGGAGCGUGACAAAUAAACGACUCGGCAAGUAUAGUCUUUUCACGACUGCAAAAGGGCGAGAGGCCAACCUUAGCCCGAGGGGGGUGGUCCGAGCAGUACAUGUUACAGCUUGUGGAAACUUUGGGCUUGCUGCAAGUUCGACUGGCACGAUCUACAUGUGGAACCUACAGUCGGGGAUCAAGCGGAAAGAAUUUGAAUUGGGACCAGCGCCCGAUGAAGUUGACCACCGCUUCCGUGCAGUGGAGAGUGGUGGAGUCAAGGGGGCAAAAGGCCGCUCGGUGACCGGGCUUGCGGUCGACGCUCUGAAUCAAACGGUUAUCGCGACCACUUUGGAUGGCACCAUUAACUACUUCAACUUUCAUACAAAAGAGCUUGAAGAGACCCUCGUCGUCCCAAGCUCCAUCACUUCAUUGUCACUUCAACGCGAGAGCAAUCUCUUCGCUGUCAUUUGUGACGAUGCAAUAGUCCGACUAUUUGACUUGGAGACGAAGAGACUUGUCAGAGAAUUCUCUGGUUUCCACGGCAGAGUUCUUGAUAUUACAUUCUCACACGAUUCGCGAUGGCUUAUCGCUACUUCAAUGGACUCCAUUAUCAGAACGUUUGAUAUUCCCUCUGGAAACCUCAUCGACGCUUUUCGGACACAGACCAUUGCCACGGCCAUAUCUUUCUCUCCUACUGGCGACUUUCUUGCCACAGCUCAUGUUGAUUCCGUGGGCAUUUACCUCUGGGCCAACCGAGCUCAGUUCGCAGAAGUCUCCUGGCGUGCAGCUGCGGACAUUGAGGCGGAAAUAGCAGAUAGCAUUCAGCUACCGACAGUACAAGGAACAAUGGAUGACGAAACACUCGACGCGUUGACUGAACUUGGAAUCAUUGACUCUACUCAGACAUCAUCGUACCCAUCAUCCCUGCUCGCUGGAGAAUUGAUUACCCUAACCCUCCUGCCCCGAGCGCGAUGGCAAACUCUUCUCAAUCUGGACGUGAUCACGCUCAGGAACAAGCCGAAAGAACCGCCAAAGGCUCCGGAAAAGGCACCAUUCUUUCUACCUUCCUUGCCAGGAGAGGCCCUGCACUUUGACAUUGGCAAGUCUGGCACAAAUUUUGACGCCGAAAAAUCCAACAAGCCGACAAAUCGGCUGGAAAAGGAUAGAGCGUUGGCGGCGGAGCGAACGCAGAACGAUUAUGAUGACGUUUUCACACUGCUCAAGACACUGUCACCGCCGGCGGUGGAAUUGGAACUGCGUUUGCUAAUCACCGUUCGACAACAGACGCAAUUUAUCAACGUCCUCAUUACAAGACUCCUCUCUCACCGAGACUUCGAAAUGGUUCAGACCUUGCUCGCCGUCUUCGUCAAGCUGCACGGCGAGAGUUUGAUUGAGAAUGAAGAGAUGCGCGAAGAUAUGCAGCGUCUUUGA